AUGGAGCUCACAGACAGCGUGGCCGCCCUCCGUGCUCAGAAACAGAGAGAAGAGAGAGGCUUAGCGCUGAUGCUAACCGAGGAGCAGUCCAUCUGCUGCACAGGGGACCAGGGCCCAGCCAGGCGCCGGACUCACUGGGCCCGCAUCUGCACGUUGUGGAUUAUCGACCAGUUUACCCAGCACCAGGCCACUCUGAGCCCAGGCCUGGAGCUGCUGAUGGAAGGGGACAGCUCCUGCUCCCCCGCCUGGUGCCGUCUGUGGGUGACAGACAGAGGGGGACUGAGAUUGGCCUUUACCUGCUAG